UUUCACGCGCGGAGUUAACGUCCACGUCAUCGUAACAGCGUACGAUGACGGUUAUAGAAAAUCCAUUGUGGACCCCACGUAACACAUGUCAGCAGGCAAAGCAUUCCUACUCCUACCCCACUUCCAUCACAACGAAACCUUUUCCAUAUCAAAAUAUCGCCGCGGAAAUCUCGGGGAUUUGCAAUUCAGUUACCUUACCUUACCUGCUAUAAUUCUCGCCCGUUUCUUCUCCCAUCAUCUUCUUCUUCUUAUCCCAUCCAUAAAUGCCAUACAAAAACCCUAAGCGUUUCUUCCAGAAACCCUAAAUCCUGCAACGACUGCCGGGGAGGAUUCACGGCUCUCAUCAUCAUCGGCGGCGGCGGUAGCUGAAGCAGUUCGGCGUCAUCGGCGGCCGGAAUGGACAACGACGGAACCAAGGAUGAACGAUCGUCUAAAAGAGCGAAACCGUACAAGCCGCGUAAAGAAUCCAUCGCAAGUGAAGACCGUAAUCAGGUGCUCUCGCCGGCGGCUAUAUCGGAGUGGCCUGAGAGGGAAGUAUUAAAUAUGGAUGCUGCCAUGGAUUAUCAAGGGGAGCCGCACCUUCAAAAAUCUCUAUUUGCUUCACGAACUUCCCCAAACUCGUUGUCUCAAUUGCUCAAGCACCUCACAGAUGAGCAAAAAGAGGCGGUACAGGAGAUUGGUUUUGGUGGGUUGCUUCAUCUUUCCACUGAACGACUUGCUUCAUCACUGUCUUAUUGGCUUGCGAACAGCUAUGAGGUAGCUGAUCAAACAUUAUACGUGGAUUUCAGUCGUGGAAAGAAGAUAGAAAUCAAUUCAUAUGAUGUUCAUCUCACUCUUGGCUUGCCGUGCUCAGAUAAUGAGGUUGUUGAAGCAGGAAACAGUGACGAUUCUGAUGAAUGUUACAAGAAUUUAUUGGACAGAUGGCGUGAAAGUUGGAACAUACAAUGUGGAUCACCCACAGCAUCAGCAAUGCUCAAAGCUAUGAAGGCUGACAAGUCACAUGGUGAAGAGUUCAAGAGGAACUUUGUGAUACUUGCUGUGUCCACAUUGUUUGCAUCAACACAAACCAGAUAUGUGAAUUUCAAAAUUUUGAAAUCACUUAUUAAUGUUGAACAAAUAAGAGAACUUGACUGGUCUGGUUAUACGAUCAAGAAGCUCAACCAAGCGAUGGAUUCAUGGAAGGCAAAGACGGACUCUUUUUUCACUGGUCCAAUGCUGUUCUUACAGAUGCUUUACCUAGACCGUGUGGUUACUGCACAAGGGAGGAUAGUUCCAAGGGAUUUUCCUACACUAAAAGGGUGGACAUCUGAUUGCAUAUGUCAACGACUGGACUGGGAAGACAAGCAUGGAGGUUUUGGAAAGGGGCGUGUUGAAAUGCCUUAUGGACACGAGUUUUCUCGAUCUCCCUAUGUAGCUCUCUCAAUUCAACAAAUCGAAGAUGAUAGUGUACCCAAAGGGGAGGAACCAGAUUAUGAGAGGGAUUUGAAAGAUUUGGGUAAGUGCUGUGCAACCGUGGCCGUCGCCAUCAUAAACUUAAAAAGAAAUAUCACAGAAGUGUCAGAAAAAUACCCAGACUCGGCACAAGUAAACAGGGUUAAGGCAAUGGCUACUACAAUUUUUAUGGGUAACAGCUCUUUAACCCAAAAGAUUAACCAGCUUAAGUCCAUGGCUACUACACUUGUGGAUAAAACUUCUGGCACCAAACAGUUUGAGGUCAGUCAGAUUGUCACUCAAGAUGAAUGUACCUUUGCAUAAAUGGAUUGAUUGUUCAUCAUAGAAACAGAAUGGUAGUCAAUAUUUUGUAGGAAAUGAUUCUUGCCUCUUGAAUUUUCCCUCAUAUUUUCCCUCUUGAUGUGGGUGGCAUCCAUUCAUUGGGUGUCCAUGAAUUGGUGAGUCACCACUAAUUAAAAAGAGAAUUUAGUAUUUAAUUAGAUAAUGUCAUAUUAAUAGGGAUGGGAUGGAUUAGAGGGAAAAAUAUGAGUGAUCUAGCAUUACUUUAUUUUGUAUUUAUACCGUUUGACUGAAAAUAUGAUCUUCAAUUGUCAUACAAAAUAAGUAAAUAUUUAGCAUUCAAUAUA